UAUACCCUGACCCCUGUUCAUCAUCUCUUCCCUCUCUCUCAUCAGAUAUAUACAGCAAAGCACAGCUUUUCUUCAAUCUGGAGCAAUCCUAGGGUUUCUCUCACACUCGGAACCUCAGCUUACAGCUACUUUGCCGUUCUAAGAUUCGGUGAAAAUUAUGUCACAGAACGGGAAAUUAAUGCCGAAUCUGGACCAGAACAGCACCAAGCUCCUCAACUUGACGGUUCUUCAGCGUAUCGAUCCUUUCAUUGAAGAGAUUCUUAUCACUGCUGCUCAUGUUACCUUCUACGAAUUCAACAUCGAUAACAGCCAAUGGAGUCGAAAGGAUGUGGAAGGAUCUCUAUUUGUUGUCAAGAGGAGUUCUCAACCGCGGUUUCAGUUUAUUGUUAUGAACCGAAGAAAUACAGAUAAUUUGGUGGAGGAUCUCCUGGGGGAUUUUGAGUAUGAGGUCCAGGUUCCAUAUUUGUUGUAUCGAAAUGCUUCCCAAGAAGUAAAUGGGAUAUGGUUUUAUAAUCAGCGUGAAUGUGAAGAAGUUGCAAAUCUCUUUGACAGGAUACUCGGUGCGUAUUCCAAGGUGCCUACCAAGUCAAAAGUACCACUGACANAUAUAUAUAUCCGUCAAAACGUAAAG